AUGACUCAAAAUGAAAACAAAAAAGUCUUGAUUGUUGGCGCCGGGCCCGGUGGCUUGCUUCUCGCCCAAUUUCUUCGCGGCCAGGGAAUACCAUACGCUAUUUUCGAGAGAGAUGAGGAGCUUGAUUCGCGAGCCCAAGGAUGGGCUGUUGCGCUCAUCGCAUGUCUUCCAGAUAUGUACGAGCUUCUCCCUAAGGAUCUCGGUGACCUCGAAUGGGUCAGCGUCAACCACGGGAAUGAGGACAAUGAUUCGAUGGCACUCUAUGAUGGCAUCACGGGGGAGCUUCAUUGGAAGUUCGGUGGAGUGGCCAGGGGUGAGGACGGGUAUCUUCUUCGUGCCAGCCGCACAAAGAUGCGUCAACUCUUCUGGAAGAAGGCUGGUGUUGUUACCGGCAAGGAGUUUACCCACUAUGAGGAAGAUGAUGAAGGCGUUACUGCCUUCUUCAAGGAUGGCUCUACCGUACGAGGGGCCAUUCUGGUUGGGGCAGACGGCGCGCGGUCUCGAGUACGCGCCCAAUUGCUUCAAGGUCAGGAAGCGCGUCUUGAACCCAGCGCCUAUGUCGCUGUCUGCGGCGAAGGCCAACUCCCACCGGAAAUCUAUACCCCACUGCGGGAAAUGGCUACUUCGGCUAUCCUCACCAAUGCACCGUAUAGACGGUGCAUUUUUGGCCAGCACGCAUUCCUACCGGAGCAAGACAUCCGCAAAUUCUAUUACAUCCUGGGCUAUCGCGCAGACGAGAAUUCAGGAAAAGAGAUGGAUCAGUUGGCUUCGGCUAGCCGCGAGGAACUAUUUGCCAAGGCAACAGAGCUCACGAAAGAGUGGCAGCCCAUCUUGCGAAAUGUCAUUCAACAUAUGGGACCCCAGGGGAUGUACGCUCCACCUAUCAAGUUCCAAGAAUUUGUGCCUCCCGAAACUCUACCCCAGGGUCGAAUUACAAUUCUUGGGGAUGCCGUUCAUACCAUGAUCCCAUUCCGCGGUGCUGGCGCUAAUACGGCUUUCAAAGAUGCCGCCGAUCUUACCAGAAUCUUGAAGCGCUCAUUCCAACAAGACAGGGAUGUUCGGUCGGCUCUUGAUGAGUAUGCAGAUGCGAUCCUGCCUAGGGCCAGAACCAUGGUUCUCGAAAGCAGGGCAGCAGGGCAGGAUACUGAGGGUUUUAUGCGUAACUUGCGAGAUAACAUUGGGCCUAUCCCUGAGAGUGUGAACCCGACAUGGGAUUAA